UGUUUGAGAAUGAAGUUGUAUACAUCGAUGUGUUUUUGCAGAACCCAAAUGCACAGUCAUGGAUUGCUUUGUCUUGAUGUACACGCUGUCCACUGGAACCUCCACCUGCAACCUCAGCCCGUCUCGUACGUCCAGCGUAGACUCCGCAUCAACAUCACCGCUACGUCCUCCCAAACCACCGUGCCGGGUCGAGAGGCCCAUGAACCGCAGCUGCAGUUGGAGACCAGUGAGGGACAGGUCAUUCAGUUCGGCGGUUUGCGGAUACGGGAUAGUGACUCCACCGAAGGAAUGUACCGUGUUAAGGUUUCAGUGGACCAUGGAGGCAUGCUGAGUGUAAAACAAGAUGAGAAUUCAAACGUCAUUUUCUAUCCAAAGGAAUCCGGUAGUCCGGAGUGGGAACCUAUAGAUAAUCUGAGAGAAUAUGAACAGCUGGAUCGCUUUGAAAACUUCUAUGAACACUAUGAAGCUCCUGAUGACGAGCAGUCAAGAAACAACGGGAAGAAAAACCUGAUGUUUGUUGGAUCACUGGAUGGUAUUAACCGAGUCCUAUCCAGUAUGGUGUUUGUGCCUUGGUGUCCACAAUGGCCGACCCCUCCAAACUGGAACAUACCAGAAUCAUCUUGGAUGGACCCGUCAAGCCUGGAUCAAAUGUUGAGUGAUGAGCCGUUGAAACCUGCCAUCUGGCCUCAAUGGUAUCCUCGCUUCUGGUAUCCAUUCCCGCGAAAGACUUGGACCUGGUGGCCUCGAGUCAUGCCUCCAUGGUGGAUGAAUCAGAGCUGCUCUGAUUGGACGAGCCGUAUUCACGUUGAGACCCAAGAAAUAACACCAGAGACAUGUGAUGCAGAGAACGAGGAUGAUCAACCGGACGUCUCUCAUUGGUUUGCUGAUGUUCGUGUCAAUACGCGCCACUCGGAGCCCAAGAGUCUGAUCACAGAUAACUUGUUCACCUACUUCCCUGACAAUGCUCGCUCCUUCCUCGUCAAAAACCUCUACAUCCGAUCCAAGGAAGAAUUCUUCCAACUCAGAAUAGAUCUUGAGGUGGUGGAGAAAGAGCUUGCAACUAUAAGGAAUACAGGCACGAACAGGCCAUCGUUCUCGUGCAGUAACGUCGCAGAAUGUACAGAGAAACUGCAGAAGAUUGAAGUCACACUGCGCGAUGGUGUAAGUGUACAAGACGUCUGUAAGAUAACUAUAGAGAUCCGCAUGUAUAAAGACAACUCGGAGAGACUAUCUGAUUAUAUGAUGCUGUGGGGUUAUAAGUCAGUGUCGGAGUGUAUUAACUACAUGCAUCAUGAUCAGGCUAUGAGUAUCGCAGCGCCUGAGCUACCAGUUAUUGCCAGGCAGGGGGAAGCAAACAUUCCGCUGGGUAUAACGUAUUCAUCGUUACGUAUGACACCAUCUGGUAUUCUUCACGCCAAAAUCUAUGCCGAGCAUGGUCUGGUAAGCGUCACAACCCAGGACGGCCUACGUGUCUACAUGGAUCACAUUGGACAACAUGAGAGGAUACCAACCUAUUUAUGCAUUGCUGGUCCGGCUGACAUGGUGAUUGCGGCGCUGCUCAGUGCUACAUUCACUCCGUUUAAGAAUUUCAAAGGACGGACUUCGGUGAAGGUAGACUACAGGAUACCAUCGACGGCUAUGAGAGAAACAUUUAGAUUGGACGUACCACCCCCAAUGAAGCGGUUGACAGUGGAUGUUCAAGUAGUGAACGGUGAGCGCCCUCUGUUGCCGCUUCUCCUGAUGCCAACCAAGGUGUGCAUCUCUGAGAUGCAACUUCUUCCUCUGGAUAUGAUGAGAAUUGAGGGAAGAUACAGAGAGGAUGAGUUUGUCACAAUGUCACUGGUGGCAUCCAAAGGACAACUGCUGUUAGAAGAGCAGAGAAUACCCGAGAUAUAUGAAUGUCCAGCUAAAAGCCCCCACCUUGACGAUGAGGAUUCACUGUGUACUGAGGAGUGUAGUUACCAUACAGCUUGCCCUGGAACUAAGAUGUGCUGUUACCAAGGAUGUAGUAGGGUCUGUAUGGAACCUCAAAUGGUGGCUACAGUCAAUGCGUUACCGAACUCUACCAAUGUAUUCAUGCAUGGGAAGAUCAGCACAUUAAACAGAGUACUGGAGGCGGAGAAUUUGUUUUACUUACCUAAGCCAUGCCAGACUCAUGACACUGGGCCGAUAAUGACAGAGCAUGAUACCGUCAGAAUUGAGAUUAUAUCUUCACGUAACCCAGAGGGGAAUUCACUUCUGCAAGAUUUAUCUGUGGAUAUCGUCUGCAAAGCACAUAUUGAGAAAGCAUUCACAAGAGAUGAGAGUUCAGAAGAAUGCACCGAGGAAUGGGGUGACUGGUUGGACUGUGAGCUUGAAGGGGAAAGAAUGUGCGGGCGUGGCUCUCAGAUUAGAAGGAGGCGGUGUGGAUUACAAACUCUGACGCAAUCGAGGCCAUGUUUGGUCUGUGGAUGCAACCCUAUUGAAACAGUCAUCCCUUACCCCGUUGCCCACGUGCCAGGCUGUGCAUUGGAUAACCCUGUUAUGCGUUGUCCUCCAGGCUGCGAUGUAGAAGCGUCUCAUAUGGAAGAUCAUUCCUUCAGCUGUGUCGAGCCUUUGGACGGCAUGGUACAAAAGAUCAAGUCUAUUGAGGUCCAUGAUAUCUGUAUUUGUGAAAGUUGCCUUAGGCACAGACAGUAGUAACAAACACCCCAUUGGGACAGCACUUGUUAAACAACUGCAGGUGUUAAAGCUUGAAUGUUCAACUAUUCUUAUAACAUAAUUAAAUCUCUCAACAAUAUAAAAUUAUUUUUCUUGUAAACGGUGACAUCCAAUCAAGGUAGAAUUAAUUUGUAGAGUGUUAAUUUGUUUUUUAAAAUAUGCUGCUAUAUUUCCUGAUAUAAUUAUGAGUAAUGCCUUUUUUUGUAAAACGUGUGCUGUUAUGUUGAUCAGCAAGUGAAAUAGCUUUAUGUUGACAAACAUAUCUUCAAAAGCAGGAAUUAGUAGAAGCUACAACAAGAACCUGUAGCUUGGACAAACGGUAAGUGGUGGAAUGUUUGUUUAACAGCAGGUUAUUUUUAUUAAGUUAAAGACACUGGACAUUAUUGGUAAUUGUGAAAGAUAAGUUUUAUGAUAAUAAUUAUUUUGA